AUGCCUCUUGAGCUGAGUGCAAUUGAUGUUCUGGUCACAGAUUGGGAUGAGACUGUGACCUCAGAAGAUACCAUGGCAGUCCUCUCGCAAGCUGCUUAUGAUCACAAGACCAACUUCCAUCCACCAUGGGAGUAUUUCGGAGAUAUGUACUACAAAGAUUACGAGAAAUAUGCCUGUAAUUACAACGAACGACGAGGAUCAUUGCAAGAAGAGGCAGAAUUUUUGAGUGGUUUGAAACAAGUGGAGCUGGAAAGCGUUACAAGAGUAGAGAACAGCGGUCUCUUCAAGGAUGUACCUGAAUCUAUGGUUCGAUCUCAAGCUAGUAAAGUAAAGAUCCGACAGGGCUGGUGGGAUGUGCUGUCUCUAGCAACGAAAAAUAAGGUGCCCAUUGUGAUUCUCAGUGUCAAUUGGAGUGAUGUGCUUAUCGAGGAAGUGCUUUCACUGCACGGGUUCGAUACUACAAACAGCAGUAUCAGAAUCUACGCCAACAAGAUUCAAGUCGACGAUGAAACAGGAUUGGCAACAGGAAAACUGGGCGGGCAUCCCAUCCUCGGCUCGGCAGGAAUUCGUACAGCCCAGGAUAAGCUCGACAUACUCAAGAAGAUUCGCAGUCAAAAGCUGAGCGGGAAAGCGACUGAAUCAAUUGCAUAUUUUGGAGACAGUAGUACCGAUACACUGGCAUUACUAGAAGCAGAUCUCGGGGUUGUCAUUCACAAAAACUCGCUAGCCAGUCGUCUGGAGGGACUAGGAGUAGCCAUUCUACGCAAAGAGCACGACAAGACUGACAACAAUCAGGUCUACUACCUUUGCGAAUGGUCAGAUCUGCUGACCUGA